GCUGCUAUUGUUUCAGACUGCAGAGAGUGUUAAGUGAUGGGCCAAGCUUGGAAUGAACCACUGUUACUUUAAAGAUUGUUGUGGAAGACAGAGUGGGAUACAUAAAAAGUAAAUUGAACAAGAAAGCUGCAAAGACGUGAUAGAGGCCAAGACAUUUGUUGUUCACAAUGCACAAAGGAAAAAAAAGAUUUGAAAACUCGCAUCUAACAGGAAAGGGAAGAAAAAAUAGGACACUGAAGGUUUUUACCUGGCAGCAGCAACACAUCAGUAUUUACUUCUAUUUUUUAGUCUUUUUGAGUUCUCCAAAAAUCUCCUCGCUUUAUUAUUGUUUCAAGUUUUUAUCAUUUCUGUAAUAUGAGUCUUGUUCUCUAGAGGGCGCUCACUGUCUUCACAAACCAAACCUGAAACUAUGAACAGAUGUGCUGGAAUGAAGACAAACUGGAGAUGUAUGCUUGUGAACACUUUGUAGCACAUCAUCUGGCAGUUCCAUGUGAAAUCCACAUUAUUUACAUCAAUGAAUUAAAGAGUUACCUUUGAAAUGAAUGAUCCUGUUGAAUCCCAUCUGCAUGUUAUGUCCCAGAGAAGUCCACUUUCAUGUACCCCUGUUAUUAGAGGUUCAAAGUGUCAUAAUGUGUUAGGAUUAAGGUUAGCUAAUUUCCCCUAACUACUUUUAGGCAUGUUUUGGCUCCUUAAAAAAACAAUUAAUUUGGUGGAAAGAAUGAACAUCAAGUCUUGAUGUUGCUCAUUGUCCAAAAAAAUAAUGUUGCCCCAAAAACAAGUUUGAACCUUGACUAAGGUCAGUUUAUGUUGUUGGCCUAUAUAUUCAGGUAAUGACCUUGCCCAAACACUAGGUAAUUACCCUGCCCCAAAGUCAGGUUAUGACAUUACCUCUAUGUGAGGUCAUGGUUCAGCCCAACUUCAGCUAAUGGUGUUGCUAGAUAAUUAGUAAUGUUAGAUAAUGACAAUACUGUUCCUCUAAAGUCAGUCUUUAACAAAUUUGCCACCAUCAGGUGAUGUCGUUGCCCCAAUUAAAGGGUAUGAGAUUGCCCCAGUUCUAGUUAAUGGCUCUGCCUAAAGUCGGGUUACAGUGUUUCCUAUGACUUAACCCCAAUUUCAGCAAAUGACAUGGUUCCUGCAUCAGUUUAUGAUGCUCUCACAUGUGCUGUUUUGUUACUUUAGCUUAUGACAUUCCUAUGUGAAGUUGUAAUGUUGUCCCAAAGUCAGAUAAUGAUGUUUCCAUGAAGUCCAGUGAAGAACAACUUUCAUGGCUGAUAUUGAUUUCCUUGUGAUAGCUGAGACUCAAGCAGAGGUCCAACUGUGCAAAAGCUUAAAGGGAUAUUCCGGCGUAAAAUCAAUUUAGGGUCAAACACACCGUAACACCAAGUUAGUGUCUCUGUCUGAUUGCACUUCCAUGAAGAAAUUAUCAAAAAAAUCAGGCAAACUUAAAAAGAUGUUGUACUAGCCCAAAGAUGUUGGCUAGUACUAUGGCUGGGACCCUAUAUGUACUGUUGAUUAAGUUAGGUGCUGUUCUUCAGCAUUAUUUGUGGCUAUAGAGUAGCUUUUUGGUUGAGGUUUGUUUAAGGCUCCUCAGACCGCUGUGUAUUGCUAUUGUGCGGUCGUUACUAAAGUUGGUAUAACUAGAGACUAGAGUCGGCAACACUCAUCUCUCGUGGGGGUGUCUAACUCGGUGUUACGGUGUGUAUGACCCUAAAUCAAUUUUACACCGGAAUAUUCCUUUAAGGAGCUUCUUUAAUGAAAAUUUCCAAAUUGACUCUAAAAUUCCCAGUUUAUCAUAAAAGUCUUUGAACUCCUCAAAACUUAACAUGAGAUCCAAGUAACCUUUGUUUUAAUUUAAGUGUUGAAGUAUUUGAAUCAUUAAGUUGGUCAAGAAGUUUUUUUUUUUUUUUAAGCUAAAAAAAUACAUUUAUGAAUGAAAAUUUUGAAUAAAGAAUAUUUUAUUAACAGCGAAUUACACUUUAUGUUAUCUUUAAUAUACACCCAGCUAUCAAACAUUUCGCGCGAAAACGACUGGAAGUGGUCACGAGAGUGCGAUGACGUUAUAACUGAAAAAGGCGGACUCGGAAAACACUCGUUCUGAUUGGACAGCGUGACGGAACGGCGAACGUUAAAGACCACAGCGUCACAUUUGAUUGGACGUUGUGAUUAGUGACUUGUCCCUGCCCAUCCCGCCCCCAACAGCUCGGUCGGUUUUCCUGCGCCAGCAGCCGUGUGUCACCGAGGCUGGGCUGCUGCCGGAGAGACCCGGAGCCGGGGCAAACCUCGAUCAGUUGACCCAAACUGGCAUCGCAACGGGGCUAAGAGGCUGCCCCUGCGACCGUUAAAACUGAAUACUGUUCAGGUUGGAUCGUGCGCCUCUGUCUGUCAUCACUGCCCGUCCUCCUGAUGUCGGAUUUCAAGCUCGGGAUCGUUCGGCUCGGCCGUGUGGCCGGGAAGGUGAGCUGGAUCCCAGGGCUGCCAUGUGCGGCCGGGGAAGGGCCUGUGGGGACCGAAAAAAACGUUAAAAAACGAUGUUUAAUGAUGAUGGGUCGAUGCUGGACAGCUCAGGGAAGGCUUUGAAAUCGUUUUUGGUGUUCGAGUCGUUCAGCCUCGUAGAUUUAAACUGCAUUUGAACGGAUUAGAGAAGCCGGCCGUGUCGAGCAGUAUCGGUUUUCCGCUCCUCUCACUCUCGCUAUGAAGCUAAAGCUAACUAGCAUGUAGCGGGUUAGGUUAGCUCUGGACUCACAACGGACGGUGUAAUACUGCUAAAAAUAUAAACAGGGAUGUCCCAAAUCGUCAACAGUGUCUGCCUGUGUCCAGAUAAAAGGGUGGUUUGUUUUCUCGUCGACAGCUGGUGUAAUGACUGUCUGUGGUCCGGCUCGCAUUGCCACGCUAGCUGUGUUAUUUGGAUUAUUCUGCUAAUGAGGAGGAAGCCAUCGCCACGCUCCAUCUACUCGUUUCUUUUGUGUAACGUGACAAAGCACCGACAGCACAGCCCACCACCCAACAGCUGGAACCGAAAAGUCGUGUUUUUGGCGUUAGUCGCUGUCGUUUAUCCACACACAGAUGUGCCGUUAAAUUACAGCUGAGUGUUGGUCGUGAAAUGGCUCCUCACGCGACACUCACACUCGGGAUAGACGCUGCAGUCCGGUGUGAACGAGUCUGUGACGAAUCAGCUGCACACCUGCUGAGUGACAGCAACUCAACUGUCAAACAUCUGAUGUCCACAAUCUCAGCAGGCCUGUGUAGGUCUAUACAACAACACGGGAGACCAGACAACGUGUCACAUUGCCUGUUUAGACCUUUUGGUAUGUGGGGAAACUCGUGCCACGCUCAGCAUAGCGUGGGGCUACCAUGUCAGUAUCUUGUCACGUGCAAACGAAAGUACCAUUUACCAACAGACAGUUUUUACACAAAUGUAGGCCUGUUUAUAUAUUAAUUUCACAACGACCAGCCUCAUGCAUUAUGCACACAUGUGUACUGUGAUGGUAUCUAACAGAAAAGCUUUUCUGAAGAUCUACUUGGUCAGACAGGUGAUAUAAUGUUCUUUAAAUUAAAUACCAGAGUUGUAGUGGGUGUAUAGGAGUGCAUUAUAGGUGUUCCUAAUUAGGGCCCAACUGAUAUGGAUUUUUUUGGGGCAGAUGCCGAUACCGGUUAUUAGGGGGGAAAAAAUCUGGUUGCCGAUUAACAUUUUUUUAUGAAGUUAUAAAAAUAUAUAUACUGUAUAUAGCUACAGUAGAAAGUACACUUUAGAUAUACUGUAGCGUUUUCAACUACCUCCAACACCGACGAUCAGUGCUGCCUCGGUAAGAGAAGUAGCUCGAUCACGUCAUGUGUUCUGUUGUUUAUUCUACCGUUACUGGCAAGGCUAAUAGCAGGUGGCUAACUCUAACUUUAGCUUGCAUAUUACAUGGUGAUUCACCAUUAACUCGGCGUGACCAAGACCAGCACAGUGGGAAACAUCGUGAAGUGGAUUGAACGGAAACUUGUUGACUUAUUGUGUAUUUCACAAGCUUGUUUAUUUACCGUUGAGGCGGACCACUCUGCUCCGUGCGUCCCUCAGCUGCCUGCUUCAGAUCCGUCACUCUGCUGUGCUGUGAGGUAGUUAGUGGAUGAAGAUUGUCAUGAGGUCGCUGCGCCAUCUACAGGAUAAGUUGGGGAACCUUUCAAAUGGCGGAACAUUUUCAAAGUGAAUCCGAAUCUUAUUCUCUGCAUUUUAUUUUUGAGAAUAUCAGCGAAAAUUGGCAAGUGUUGGCCGAUUUACCGAUUAGUCUCAAAUGGGCUAAAAUUGGCCGAUUUAAUCGGCUCACCAACAAAUCAGUCGGGCCCUAUUCCUAAUAUUUUGGUCCCCUUCAAGUUGUCCAAUUGGACAACAAAGGCCUCCAAAUACAACAUGCUCAACUAUGUCUCCAAUAGUAUAUAUAAAGGCUAGAGAUCAUCUGUUUGAUCAUGUUGAUGAUACUGAAAAUUGUUGUAUUGUUUAAUGUUUGUGUGGAUUUAUUGUAGUGGUCAACCAGUUACAGUUUUUCAACAGCUAAUGUCUGUAUCUUCAGUCGAUAGCAAAUACAUAUAAAGCCGAUAUCACAUUGUUUUUUCAAAUUUUAUUUUCUGGGGUGCAAAAUGCAACAUUUUAACAAACAAACGGAUCAGAAACCAAGUUGCUGAAUAUAGGUGAAAAUUAUAUUUGAUUAUACACAAAAUAUUUUGCAAAGGAAAACAGUGCCACAGAGGAAUGUUGGGAUGCCUGUCAGCCAUCUGAAAAAAAUGAAAAACAAAAUGAAAAUCCCUGGUUAAUGCUGCAACCAAAGUUUCAAACAAUCACGUAUAAAUCCAGUAUUUCAUGGACAUUUAAGUGUAAUACUCAUACUUUCAAUGAAUUAGAAAACAUGGUGAUAUCGGCCUUAAGAGGGCAGAUAUGAUGGCGGUUACCAUUAAUUGGCCGAUCGAUUAAUCAGUCUGUCUCUGUAGUUAUAUCGCUGGUCAGUAUAUAGGUUUGUGAUGUUUAAAUGCCUGUUGUUGCAAACAUGUAGGACGGAGUCCUCUUUAAGAGUUUGACCCCCAACUGCUCAUCAUCUGGGAUCGCUGUGGUCUCUGUAAUGCUGUCUUUGUUAAAUUAGGCUGCAAGAAAGAGCAGCUGUUAAAACACAGAAAUCAGAGUAGUUUUAAUCGCCACUUAAAUUUGCAAAGGAAUAUGUGAAGGAAGAAAUUAAGUAGGAAGCAGAAAAAUGCUGUAUUCUUACUCCCAUAAUGCUCAAGUGAAAUUAAAAAAAAUGUAUUAAACAGGAGUCUGUUGUGGCAAACUAGUUUAAUUGCAAACAAAAAUGUAAUUCUUACUUUUUAGGUAAGAGGAUGUUAUGAGAUUAGCACACUUUCAGCUCGGUAAAUUCAAAUCUCUGUAAACUUCAAAUUGUCUUAUAAAUCUUGUGGUUGAUCAUUUUGUGGUUGUUUGGGUCUGUAGGUCUUUUUCCCUUUCGUGUUUAUGCUUCAAUCUUCCAAAGAAAUGCAUCUUGUCAAAGAAAAAUAUGUAAAAUGACAGCUGCUCCUGUAAGAGAUGUUCUUGUUGUUGUUUUAGUCAAAGAGUUUAGUUGUAAAUAAUUUUUCCUCGUCCUCUUGUUUCAGACAAAAUACACAUUGAUCGAUGAGCAGGACAUACCACUGGUGGAGAACUAUGCGUUUGAGGUAAAUAAAAGGGUUGUGAAUGAUCAAAUGACACGAUUUUGCAAAAAAAGUAGAGUUAGUGAUUAACAGACAUUUUUUUAUCAAUUUCCAGGCGCGCAUGGAGGUAGAUGCAGACGGAAAUGGAGCAAAGAUAUUUGCCUAUGCUUUUGACAUCGGCAAAGGCCGCUGGGCAGGAAGGCCUUUACACGAGCUCCUCUGGUAAGUACCUCGUUUAUUAACUCAGCUGUGAGCGUGGGCGCCUUCUGAAUUGGGGAUGAAAAUCAAGUUUUGAGUUUCGCAAGCUGCAUCAUUUAAAUCAGAUCACUGGUGAGCAAUGAUGUGUCGAUUGUCUUGGUUUUGAAUCAAACAAAUAUCUAAUGGUAAAAAGAUGAGCCCCGGUGGUUAGUUCCUAGAGGUCCAAAGUUUUGUUUCCCUUUACCAAAACCAUUAAACCAUUAGUUACAUUAAAAUUUAGGUGUUUUAUUUGAUUCAGAACUGAGCUUUGAGCCUCACAGAAGAGAUCUCACCAAGAAUGCAUUUGAUCAUUUAAAAAACAUCGCCCAAGUGCGACCGUUUCUCUGUCAAGCCAAUGCAGAGACAUUAAUUCAUGCUUUUAUCACUUGUAGAAUAGAUUCCUGUAAUGUCCUCCUUAUGGUCUCCCUAAAAAGAAGAUUUCACACUAGCAAUUAGGACUCACAUUAUAUGAUCGUGAUCGAUGAUCGUGAAAAUUUCAAUUUGAUCAUGGUGAUCAGCUGAGAGCAUAUUUACUCGAUCAAACAUGGAGGAAAUGUGCGUCACAACAGCCAAUCAGAGUCGAGCUUUUCCUGCUCACUUCUGCAAGUUGCCGGAGAAGUAAACAGGAGAAGUAAACAGAAUGACCAAACGUGGAGCUGAGGGCAGCAAGAAAGUUGUCAGCCGUGACUUUGAGUCAUCCUCUGAAGGUGUUAUUGUUGAGAAGUUAUUCAAUGUCGGUAGUGUGGCGGUGGUUCGGGUAUCCCCAAAGUGACGUCGAGUAAUUAAGCCGAUGAGCAAGGUAUGUCAGCGAUCGGUGCCCUCAAAAAACGGCAACACAGUAGAUCUGUUUAAUCAUUUGAAGAAGUACCUCCCCAAUGAUCAUGUGGAAAGCAUGAAAAUGCUAGCGGAGUCUGCACAGCUUGUCCCUGCUGACGGCACGGGUAGCAUUAGCAGUUUAUCCACAACUAGCAGUGCAGCCACCAGACCAGAGCAGCGAUUAAUUGUAUCAUUUACGUUUACAUCAUCUAACGUUUACAUUUUAAGGACUCUUCAUUAUCUCUGAAGGGGCGAUUUGUUUAUUUUGGGUCUUGCAUACCUCAGGACUGUAAACUAGUUCACUGUAUUAUUUAGUAUUUAUCUACAUUUGUUGUAUUGUUGAGUUAAAAUGUUUUUUUAUAUUUUUCUAAGUGUACAUUAUUCAGUUUGCUUUGUUAUUUACUUAGUAUGUCAAUAAAAUGUUAAAAUAAUCUCUAGUUUCUUUAGUUUUUAGUACAGAUGCUUUAAAACUGGCAGUUUUUAAAAAAAAAGUGAUAAUAAAUGAGAUGAGAUGAUAUGACAAAACAUAUCGUGAUCUUUUUUUUUUUGCCAAAUCGCGCAUGCCUACUUGCAAUUACUCCAAAACUCAGCUGCACGGAUGUUAACAAGGACCAGAAAGAGAGAUCACAUUACCCCGAUUUUUAAGGUCUCUGCAUUGGCUACCCGUCUCUUUUAGAACAGAUUUUAAGGUUGCUUUACUGGUUUUUAAAGCUCUUAAAGGCUUUGGCCCAUGGUUGUGUGUGAAGAGUGCUCUAAAAAUAAAGACUGAUUGAUUGAUUAUGAUGUGUUUCUGGUCAGGUCAGUAUAAUUACUAACAGUCAAAGUUGGAUCAAGUGUAAUCAUCUUUACUAUUCUGAGUUAUUCGGUAUGUUUUGUUGAAGGGGUUCCCGUCAGGUCACUUGUAUUUGUUUGGACAGAUUUGUUUCCAUUCUCUGCAGGAACAGCAAAAGCAAUACAAGUUCUGUUGAAAACAUAUUGCCGUCUCAUCUUUCGGCUCAAAGAGAGAAAAGACUGAAUGGCAAAAUCAAUAAAUACUUGGAUCAUCCUUGAGGCUCAUUAAGGACGACAGUAUUGAUUAAAAUUAACUCUCUCCAUCCCCUGUGAUCACAUCAGACUUAACCGUUACUAAUGAGAUGUAUCCUGUUUCAGUUAUCUGAUCAAAAACGGUUUCAGUGCAAGAUUAACGCUAUAGAGAGCACUAUGUUGUUUUCAGUAUUAAAACCUAUUUUAUUUAUUAUUACUAUUAUUAUGGGCUUAUCGCAGAUAUUUUACCAUAAAUAUUUUUUUUUUUCAGUGUUUAAAGAUGAGAACUGUUUUCAUGAACGGUAGUCUGGGUGAUCUAGGAACAACAUAGUAAAUGCCAGUGGAGCUCCAGUGUUUACAUUAUGUGCAGCACUGUCUGCAUCACAAUUGGCAGAGCGUCACGGCUGAAAACACAGCCUUAUGCACUAGAAAUGGGCGACUAUAUUUAUGUGGAUGCUCGAUUUUCCUGCAGUCAUAUCUGAAUUCUUUUUUAACCUCUUGAAGUAAAUCCCCUAGACUUUCUCUCCACUGUUUGUACCAUAUCAGUCUUAAGCAAGUUAAGCAGGUCUUCAAAUGCACCACUUUUGUAAACUUCUAUGUCUUUAAGAUCUUUAUUCCUUACAGCAGGCUGAUGCACGCUACUUAAAAGUGUAAUAGAUUGUCUGUACAUGUAGAUAAGAGUCUCACCAGUUUGCUUUUGACUGAAGAAGCUUGGUUCUGGCGGUUGUUUUAUAGCAUUAGUAAAAGAAAGGUGUCUUUUUCCAAAUACUUUUUUAAAGCUUUAUGUAAAGAUUUAAGUAUUUAUUCUCUUCAUCAGUGCCAGUGUUUUGAAAAAAGCGAUCAUCCUGCUGGUUCACUCAAACUUCGACUCCUGUGAAUGAAGCUCAUUGAAAUGAGUUGUCAUUACUUUGUACUUUCUCACUGACUCACAAUCUGGAUACAUGUCUCGUCUCAGGGAGAAGCACAGAGGAGGCAUCGCCCCCAGUUUUCAAGUCAUCCACAUCAACUCUGUGACCGUGGAUAACCGGCUAGACAACCUGCGACUGGUGCCUGUGGGCUGGAGCCCCAAACCAGAGGAGAUCUCCAGCAAGCAGAGGUGGGACUACUUGUGCAUACUGUAAUUUGACAUAUCAACUAUUGAAUCAGUUAUCUGUGAGCUUUUCCCUUCUUACACCAGUCUUCAGAAUUCCUCAUCGAUCAGAUCCAACAUCAGAUUCGUAACUAGCUUCUCCUUUUCUCUGAGAGUAAUCAGAUUUUAGUGGGGCAGUACUCUUGACUAUUAAACUAAAAGAGUUGGUCUUGCUGUUACACCUGUGGCAUGUGCCUAAUAUAUAUCUGUGCUCUUCCUCAUUCAGAGAACAGUCUCUGUACUGGCUGGCCAUCCAGCAGGUACCUGCAGACCCUGUGGAGGAGCAGUAUCUGGAGCUGAGCCGCACACGCUACUACAAUGCUAACGGGGAGCUGGUGGAGGAAGAAGAGUGCUCCUGCACUUACUACGAGUGUCAUUAUCCUCCGUGUUCACUCAUCGAGAGGAGGGUACGAGCUCGAAUUAAUGUCAAGUUGGAUUGUAAUUGAUCAAAUAUGUCAAUAAAUCAUGUCCAGGCAUUUGACUUCCAAACAAAGCAUCACAUUACCUACAGAAGUGAUUAACAAGAGCUUAUUGUGAACUUCUUAUUUUAUCCUCUUGCAGCUCCGGGAGUUCAACAUCUGCGGCCGCUGCCAGGUGGCACGCUACUGCGGCUCCCAGUGCCAGCAGAGGGACUGGCCCGCCCACAAGAAGCAGUGUCGCGAGCGCAAACGGGUGCUGGCUCUAGAGUCGGAGCCCGAACGAUGAUCGGCCAUCAUCCUCGCCCGGGAGGGAGGGAGAGAACAGAGGGGGAGCAGGGUUAGACUCGCGGGAGGGGAGCGGGGAUGAAGUGCAUAUUUGGGGAAAUGCUGACAAGAGACUAACGACAGAGAACAAUGUUGAUUGCUUGAUGGAUUCUGGCGGUAAAUAGACGGAGGAUUAGGAAUCAAAAAGACAUCUGCCACUCUCCAGAACUGGUAUUUCUCCAUAGCUUGCUUUUCAUGUGGAUGACGGAAAGUUCUGUUUGUUUAUCUUUAUUUUUCUCGAGGAGGGAGACCCUCGAGCUCUACUUGCUGCUAUGGUUUUUGUAUGUGAGGAGGUGAGAAAAAGUUGUCUUGUUGAUGAACUGGACAAGCUUCUUUGGACCACAACAGACAGUCGUCGUCAUCCACUUUUCGUUCCUCCACCCGGCCGCUGGGUGUGGUGAUGGCUGUGCAAAAGGGGGGAGGAGGGAGACCCCAGGGGCUGCAGUACCCGUCGUUCAGCUGGUACAAUGGGACAUGGACCUUUUCACUGUAUCGCUCCCUUUCUGACCUCUCUGCUGCACACGGCUGCUGUCUUCAUCGUCAUCGACACCUUAGCCGCCUCCCUGUCUGUUUGUACGUCUGUCUGUCAGUCUGUCUGUCUUACCCCCACUAACCCAGCCCCCCCACACCGCCAACAACCACAACACACAUCUGAGUUCACUGAUCGGAUCACACUACCAGUAUUGCGUGUGGGAGUGUGCAUGUGUGUAUGCUUGUGUUUGUAUGUAUGUGUAUGUGUUGCCAACAUGUACUGAAGGACAUUGACACGGUCAACAUGGGUCUUGGUCAGGGUUAUUGUACGUCUUUUCUUAAAGGGGCCAUAUUUCACCUUUUUAAAGUUCAUAUUUAAUCAGAAAUCGGUUGGUUAAGAUACUUUCAUUGUCCUAUAUUAAAGUAGCGGCCAAGUAAAGGCUUAUUUCCUUUUCUAGGAGUCUUGUUGACACGUUCACAGCUAUCUUAGUUUUAUUUUAGCUCUAAAUUUGAUCAGACUUUCAUUGUUUAAGACUUGGUACAAUUCAGAAUAACUGGAUGACUGACAUUCAAAGUUUCCAAACUCCUCCAGUUAUAGUUUAAAAUCUGUUCCUGGUACUAAAACAGGCCAAUUUCUUUUCACCGUUUUCCACAGGAACAAAGCUUGUAAUGCUGAUCUACAUGACUCUUAUAGUAUUUAUCACAGUCUGCAGUUUGGCACUCCUGUAUCAGCUGGUUUCCAUCCCUCCAGUCAGUCUAUGGUUUUGCUGUAUUUUGUAACAGACACCUGUCUUUUUCAUCUGUAUUUGCAUCUUUAAGGGUUGUGUGUGUUAGGGUGGGUUGUGCUCAGUUUUCUGUGUGAGACUUUUUAUUUUAUUUUUUUUUGAAGAAAAUCUAACAAUGGAGCUAUAUUUAUUGAAAAUGUUUGAUUGUGAAACCUGUUUUUUUUUUCUUUUUUUGUCCUGGUGAUAUUUGAAGGCAAGCAUUAUAAAAGAGGACAAUGUGGGACCUUUGUAUGUCACAUCUACCAGGGCAGGGUAGCGGUGGAGUGAUUACUUCCACCCAUAUUGUUCGAUCGCCCCUUUUUUCCUUUUCAGUCUCGAUCCUGAAUGCAUGUGUGAGUUCUCCUCGGUGGUGCCCUUCCAGAUUUUUCCAUGAAAUCACUGCACACCAUCUUUGUCACUUAAAAAGAAAAAUCUUCCAUGUGAGAGACUUUUGGGAGUGUAAAACUUGAAUUCCCCUCCUUUACACACUUUAUUUUUAAUAACCUGGAGUGGUUUAACAAACGGAACCAUUUCCCGAGAAAAAGAAAUUUCCUUUGUCUUUCUCCUAAAUCGCCUGCCUUCCUUAUGUUACCUGCAGCGCACACCUGCUUAGCGUGUCCUCUCGUGUCUUAGGUGAGGAGUCCAGACACUAAGAAAGCAUGUGAUCCACAGACGUACAUGCGACUCGUUGAUUGUUCAUUUUGUAUGUGUGUGCGCGUGUGUGUGUGAACAGGUUUUCAACACUGCACUAAAAAUUUGGCUCCCCAUGUCAGCGUAUUUGUCAUAGAUGGGUCGAAGGGAGGGGGGGGGGUGUGAUUUGCAAAUUUGGAGUGUACAGAAAUGUCUGAAAUCUUUUUGUUUUGUAAGAAUAUAAACAUUAAUCACAAUAGAAAUAAAGAGCUACAAUAUGUGAAUGGAGGAACAGUUGGGGAUAACUGACAGUUGCUUUUCCAAUGUUAAAUGAUAAUAAAUAAAAUGAACCUCAUUUGUCGGAGUGACUGUGAUACUUGUUUCUAAUAUACGAAUUUUAUGGAGGAGGAGUGACUGAAAUACAGAGCCAAUUUUGAUUUGGGUGAAGAAUUUUAGCUCAGCACAGUGUUGUAAUUUAAGUAUUAAAUGCUUUUUUAAACUGUUAUUACAAUUGUGUUAAAAUUGAAAAUAUUGUGUAUAAUUUACACUCCUAUUUGAACUAGUCUUGUGUCACCUUUUCCUUCUCUUCUGUCCUGUGUAACCGGUAACAGAUGUACAGCUGCUCUGCUGUGGUUGUGUGGUAACUUGAGCCUCUCUGUGCCGAUACUUUUAUUUCCACAGAAGUAUCUGGUUUUUCUCCAUCUGUUUCUUUUCCAUCUUCUCCCUGCUCAUCCCCUCUUCUAAGUAAGACCCUGAGGCCACCAUGGUGUCAGGGGUCAACCCAGAGGUUACAUGUCAGAGGUCAGCAAGCUGCACCGUUGAGGAAAGUAGAAGUGCUUUUCAACCAAAAGUACCCUGAACUUUUAGUUAGUGGGACUUUAAUUGCAGUGAAUGUGAUGGCUCCACAUUCAUUCUUUAAUUAGGUAGUGUGUAGUCUUGCUUCACAAGAUAUCUACAGGGGUUGGACAAUGAAACAAACGCCUGGUUUUAGACCACAAUAACUCAUUUGUAUGGUGUAGGGCCUCCUUUUGCGGCCAAUACAGCAUCAAUUCGCCUUGGGAAUGACAAGUCCUGCACAGUGGCCAGAGGGAUUUUGAGCCAUUCUUGCAGAACAGUGGCCAGAUCACUACGUGAUGUUGGUGGAGGAAAACGUUUCCUCCAGUGUUUGAACCAUUGGGUGCACAUGGUCCUCCAGAAUGGUUCGGUAGUCCUUGGCAGUGACGCGCCCAUCUAGCCCAAGUAUUGGGCUUAGGGAAUGCCAUGAUAUUGCAGCCCAAACCAUCUCUGAUCCACCCCCAUGCUUCACUCUGGGCAUGCAACAGUCUGGGUGGUACGCUUCUUUGGGGCUUCUCCACACCGUAACUCUCCUGGAUGUGGGAAAGACAGUAAAGGUGGACUCAUCAGAGAACAAUACAUGUUUCACAUUGUCCACAUCCCAAGAUUUUCACUGCUGGCACCAUUGAAACUGACAUUUGGCAUUGGCAAGAGUGGCCAAAAGUUUGGCUAUAACAGCCCGGCCGUGUAUAUUGACCCUGUGGAGCUCCCAACAGACAGUUUUGGUGGAAACAGGAGAGUUGAGUUGCACAUUUAAUUCUGCACUGAGUUGGGCAGCUGUGGUUUUAUGUUUUUUGAAUACAAUCUGGGUUCGCACCCGAACAUCCUUUUUCAGACAGCUUCCUCUUGCGUUCACUUUUACUCCUGUUGGAUGUGGUUCGUCCUUCUUGGUGGUAUGCUGACAUUACUCUGGAUACCGUGGCUUUUGAUACAUCACAAAGACUUGCUGUCUUGGUCACAGAUGCGCCAGCAAGAUGUGCCCAAACA